AUGGGAGGAAUGGGAUCGCCAUAUGGAAUGGGAUAUCCAGGAAUGUUUGGAAUGGGCAUUGGUCCAUAUGGUAUGGGCAUGGCUGGAUUACCAGGAGCUAUGGGAAUGGGUGGUGGCUUUGGACCUCCAUAUAGUACAACAGGACUUUACGGUGGAGCUUUGGGAACCGGUAUUGGAGGGAUCUACAGUGGUGCUGCUGGUUCGCCACUCGGCAUGGGAACGAGUUCGUUCUUCAAAAAGUGA